GACUCGGGGGCGGGGUCGGCGGCGCGGGAGGUGCAGGUGCCGGGCCGGGAGCGAGCGGCGGCGGCGGCGGCGGCGGCGGCGGUGGCGGCGGCACCAUGGGCCGGGCCCGGCGCUUCCAGUGGCCGCUGCUGCUGCUGUGGGCGGCCGCGGCGGGGCCAGGGGCUGGACAGGAAGUGCAGACAGAGAAUGUGACGGUGGCUGAAGGUGGGGUGGCUGAGAUCACCUGCCGUCUGCAUCAGUAUGAUGGGUCCAUAGUUGUCAUCCAGAACCCAGCCCGGCAGACCCUCUUUUUCAAUGGCACCCGAGCUCUAAAGGAUGAGCGAUUUCAGCUGGAGGAAUUUUCCCCGCGUCGAGUGCGCAUCCGGCUCUCCGACGCCCGCCUGGAGGAUGAGGGGGGCUACUUUUGCCAGCUCUACACGGAGGACACCCACCACCAGAUCGCCACGCUCACUGUCCUAGUGGCUCCGGAGAAUCCAGUGGUGGAGGUCCGAGAGCAAGCGGUGGAGGGCGGCGAGGUGGAACUCAGCUGCCUGGUUCCGCGGUCGCGCCCUGCAGCGGUCCUGCGCUGGUAUCGUGAUCGCAAAGAACUGAAAGGAGUGAGCAGCGGCCAGGAGAAUGGCAAGGUGUGGAGCGUGGCGAGCACUGUGCGGUUCCGUGUGGACCGCAAGGAUGACGGUGAUAUCGUCAUUUGUGAAGCGCAGAACCAGGCGCUGCCCUCGGGACACAGCAAGCAGACGCAGUACGUGCUGGAUGUGCAGUACUCUCCCACGGCACGGAUCCAUGCUUCUCAAGCUGUAGUGAGGGAGGGAGACACACUGGUGCUGACCUGUGCUGUUACAGGGAACCCCAGGCCAAGCCAGAUCCGCUGGAACCGCGGAAAUGAGUCUUUGCCGGAGAGAGCAGAGGCAGUGGGUGAGACGCUCACCCUGCCCGGCCUGGUAUCUGCAGAUAACGGCACCUACACUUGCGAGGCGGCAAACAAGCACGGCCACGCGAGGGCACUCUACGUGCUUGUGGUCUAUGACCCCGGUGCUGUGGUAGAGGCUCAGACAUCGGUUCCCUACGCCAUUGUGGGCGGCAUCCUGGCGCUACUAGUGUUUCUGAUCAUAUGUGUGCUAGUAGGCAUGGUCUGGUGCUCCGUCCGACAGAAGGGCUCCUAUCUGACCCACGAGGCCAGUGGCUUGGACGAGCAGGGAGAAGCUAGAGAAGCCUUCCUCAACGGCAGCGAUGGACACAAGCGGAAAGAAGAAUUUUUCAUCUGACCCCAUUCCCCCACUGCCAGCUGCAAGGAACCAGCAAAGACAUUGACCAGAGUCGGGGAUGGUGGGCUCCUCCCCCCGCAGCUAACACCUCAGGCGCUUGGGCAGGGAUUUGGGGGGUGUUGGAUGCCUGAACCUCUCCCAGGGCCAAAGGCUAGGGUCCAGAGGCGUAGGGUCCCCUAGAGGACAGAGGGACCGAAGGUCCUCUCUAGACCCCAAGUCUGGGGAGGGGUAAUAGGGAUUUGGGUUGAGGGAAGGCCAGAACCCCUAGACAGCAGAACCAGGUCUUGUGGGGAGGGGGUCAGAUUCUGGGAAGGGUGGGGUGGGCAGGGA